AUGGAUAGACAAACUUGUGGGAUUAGAAUUAUUAGUUAUGCUUAUGUUGAAAGUCAAGUAAACGUAACUUGGUUUACUGCUAAUUCAACUCGUUAUAAUCCUGAGAUAGGCUUACCUGAAUUUAAAAUAGAGCAAUUGACGCCUGAUUAUUGUGAUGGUACUUACAUGUAUGCAAUAAUGGAAAAAACUUACAAAAGAGGCAAAAAUAAAAUUAAAAAUAAUUUUUUAAUAAAAAUAUUUUUUGAAGAUAAAUUUAGCUGUCUUGAAGCUUUAAUUCAUUUAAAUAGGCAAAUUGGUUAUCACCUUGUUCAAUCUUUCAUUCCAACAGCCUUAAUUGUUAUGAUAUCAUGGGUUUCUUUUUGGAUUGAUAGAAGAGCCGUUCCAGCUCGAGUUACUUUAUCAUUUACUACACUUCUUUCGUUGUCAACAUUGGGUAAUGGAUUACGUUUUGGACUUCCUCAAGUAGCUUAUGCUAAAGCUAUAGAUUUUUGGUUUGGAUCUUGUAUGUUUUUCGUUUUCCUUUCAUUAGUAGAAUUUGCAGCAGUUAAUUCAUAUAUGCGCGAAGCAGAAAAAUAUGAAAGACUUGCAAGUUAUACCGCAAAGAAAGAAUUACAUUUACAUGACGAUAAUUCUAGAUGGUCUCCAGAUGAAAGUUGUGGAGAGAGUUCUUUACUUAUUUUUGGAGGAACUAAUGAAGGCCCCAAUGGAUUUGGGUCUCGAAUAAUGAGUUUUGCUAAUUUACUUGUGCCGUCUUUAUUUCUUAGCACAAACAGAAAUACUAAAAAAGUUGUUUCUCUUACACCAACUAAAGGUUUUAUCUCAUCAAAUCAGAAUAUGGGAAAUGGUCAAAUGAAACAGGAAAUAAAAUCUCCCCCUUCAAAUUGCCGAUUGGAUAAUUUAUGUCCUUCAUCUGACAAAAAAGUUAAUUUGGGACUUAGACUUUCGGAACAUAUGGAAUUAAGGUCCUAUGAUGAUUUUAAUACUGGAGAAGAUGGAGGAGAAGAAUCUGAAGAGAAAAGUUUACCUUCAACAAAUUUAUUAAUUUCUAUAAGUCCAAAGCAUAAUUUAAAUAAUAAUAAUAUAACACAAAAACAACUUUUAAAUGAAAAAAAUUUUUCACCGUCAGAGAAUAGAAGGAAUAUUGUUGUUCCCGAAAUGCAGCCAUGGCCUCCUUCGCCAUAUGAAAAAGGACGUGCACCUCCUCCAGCACCACGCAGAGUACGUAAAACAAAUAGUUGUGCAGGUGGUGGAUGUUCAACAAAUUGUGGAGGUUUAGAACAAAAGAGUCCAAUGGCAACAAGUCAUUUUCUUCGUCAGGGCUUUCAUUAUUCAAGAAAAGGAUUAAAUAUAGAUAGAUGGAGUAGAAUAUUAUUUCCUGCUGGGUUUACACUUUGGAAUAUUUAUUAUUGGAGUUAUUAUUUGUGGUAUAUACAAAUGAAUGGACCUCAUCAUUAA